UCACUUUGUUAAAACCGUACUCAUCACCCUUCUCUUCUAUAUUAGACAUUUGUCCUUCCUUUUCUCUCAACAACCAUAAAACAUUGAACAUGCCGGCUGCUGACACCUCAUCACUUCCCGGCCACGGCCUCACCGUCUGUGUCACCGGAGCCGGCGGUUUCAUAGCCUCUUGGAUUGUCAAACUGCUUCUUGAAAGAGGCUAUACCGUUCGUGGAACUGUUAGGAACCCAGAUGAUCCGAAGAAUAUUCAUUUGAGAGAGCUUGAAGGUGCUAGCGAACGGUUAACGCUAUGCAAAGCUGAUCUUCUUGAUUUUAAUAGCCUUAAAGAUGCCAUUAUGGGGUGUGAUGGUGUUUUUCAUACUGCUUCUCCUGUCACUGAUGAUCCAGAAAAAAUGGUGGAGCCUGCUGUCAAUGGAGCGAAAAAUGUGAUCAUUGCAGCUGCCGAGGCGAAAGCUCGGCGAGUGGUGUUCACAUCAUCGAUUGGUGCAGUUUAUAUGGAUCCCAAUCGGAGCCCUGAUUGUGUUGUGGAUGAAUCUUGCUGGAGUGAUCUUGAGUUCUGCAAGAACACUAAGAAUUGGUACUGCUACGGAAAGACGGUGGCGGAGCAGGCGGCGUGGGAUGUUGCUGACGAGAAAAAGGUGGACCUAGUGGUGGUGAACCCGGUUUUGGUUCUUGGACCACUGCUGCAACCUACCGUCAAUGCCAGCAUCAUCCACAUCCUUAAAUACUUAACAGGGUCCGCCAAGACAUAUGCUAAUUAUGUUCAAGCCUAUGUCCAUGUUAAGGAUGUCGCACUCGCUCACAUUCUUGUCUUCGAGACACCUUCUGCCGCUGGGCGGUACCUCUGCGCUGAAAGUGUCCUCCACCGUGGAGAGGUGGUGGAGAUCCUAACAAAAUUCUUCCCGGAAUAUCCGAUCCCCACCAAGUGUUCAGAUGAGAAGAAUCCAAGAGCAAAACCGUACAAGUUCUCAAACCAAAAGCUGAAGGAUCUCGGCCUGGAAUUUACGACGGUGAAGCAAUGCUUAUACGAAACAGUUAAGAAUUUGCAGGAAAAAGGUCAUCUUCCAAUCCCAAAACAGGCUGAAGAAUCUCUUAGAAUUCAAUCUUAAGAUGUUUCUUUUGAUGGCAUCAUAUCAAUACUAUAUAAUAUAUAAAAAUAUUAUGUAUCGCUACCAUUUCAAUGGUUGUUAGGGAACUUUAUAUAUAUGCAUUUUCCCUAAGUGGUUAACAGUUUCUGAUUUAUGAGAGGGGACGAAUAGGAAGCAGAUUGAAACUAAAGAAAAACUGUGUCAUGUUAAAAAUAAAAAUAAUAACGGAAGUAAAAGGAUGUGCCUAGUACUCGUCUUUUUUAUAUGCAAAAGGAUGUGCUGGUAAUGGUGACAUGUUAAGUGUCAUCUAUUCGUAAAGGCUAAAAUGUUAUGAAAUUCUAAUUAAUAGGUUAAUUGUCAA